ACACACCAGGCUCUUUCAUAUGUAUGGUGCCUUCCUCCACCGCCAGAUCUGGGCCCUCUCCCCAAUCUGUCCAGUUCAGGUGUGGAAACACUGUUUGCCCAACAGGCAUGGACUGCAUCAGUAAUAAUGGGGUCGCCCGCUGCGCUGACCCCUGUGAGCGCUACACUGAGCUGCACCAUGACUGGCGGUCGACAGACAACACAAUGAAUCUGAUCCCACGCUGUGACAGAGAUGUUAACUGGCAAGGCUGGUAUCGUCUGUUCCUGAAUCAAACCAGUGCCCACGUUCCCGAGAGGUGUGUUCAGACAAACAGGUGUGGAACACACGCUCCCCUAUGGAUAACAGAGCCUCAUCCCACACAGCCAGGUGUGAUUGUAAAUCGGAAUGUAUGUAAUCACUGGAGCUCCAGCUGCUGCUCUUUUAGAUCACACACCAUCAAUGUCAAACUCUGCAAUGGAAACUACUACGUCUACAAACUGGUGAAGCCGAGCACAUGCAAUCUUGCCUACUGUGCAGAGGUGAACAGAACAGACGUUGCAGUUCCUUUGACCACUCCUGGUCCAGGACAGAAAGGCACCUCUCAAACAGCAGCAGUGCACCACACCACAGACACCAACCACACCUGAUCCAGGAUC